UUUCUUUUAGCGAAAAAUCUGAGAAUCGAUCUAGUUUUUCCUCUUUGAUUGAUUUUCUAGCACCUAGAUCUAACGAUUUUGGCGAUGUUCAAUCGAUUUAUUCAUUUACUUUUAGUUUUGAUGGAAAAUUGAAAUGGUCUUUUUACCUUGAGAAGUAUUUAUAUGGCUAUUUCCUCCAGGUGUCGUGUGAGGGAGUGAAGGGAGAUUUUGGUUGAGUUUUUUACCCUUGUUGUGCGGGAGAAAGGGGAUAAUUUGUGAGCAAAGCUGUAGAAUUUUGGUCUUAGAAUUUUUUUAUUUCCCUUUUUUUUUAUUUGCCUUUGUAUGGAAAGUUUUGUUAGGUGGCUAUUAGUUUCUGAUUUUCUUAAGGGUUUUCAAGAAGAUAAAGAAACAGAACUUAAGUGAAAUUUCUGAUCUUGGAAUUUUGUUUCUUUGAUUUUAGGUGCUUUUGACUUUCUCUAAGCUGUCUAUGAAUAGGUUAUUUAGGAUUAAUUGUUCAAACUCUCUCAUACCUUGUUACAGUUUCAAAUUUAAAGUGAACUACAUGAUUAUCAUUAUAGUGGAUUAAUUACAUAGAGAAGAGGAGGAAAUGGUGUCUGGAUUGGUUAAUGGAGGCUUGUUAUUGGACAUUAACAUAAUAAAUAAGUAUUUUGAACUGCUUUUUGUAUGACUGAUAAUUGAUUUUGUAUGGUUUAUUCAACAAUAUUAUAUCUUACUCUCCGGUUCUGUUUGUUGCAGUGUGAGUUGUAAAUGAGUCGUCCACAGGAUGCAAAGCGAUCAUUCUUCCCGUUUGGAAAUCCUUUUAGGAUGAUAUCGGCAAAAGGCACGAAAAAUUCUCCACAACUGUUGUUAGUAUUACAUGCUUUUGAAGCAACUUUGGAAGAGAGGCUGAAAAAGCUUAUACCAAAGAGCAAGGAUGAGAUCCUCAACUUGUCUUGGAUGACUUUGGCUAUGCAGACACUUUGUGAGAGUCAUAAUGACAUUAAAACCCUCAUUACAGAGCUUGAGCUGCCUGUCUCUGAUUGGGAUGAGAAAUGGAUCGAUGUGUACUUUGACAUUAGUGUCAAGUUGCUAGAUAUAUGUAAUGCAUUUAGCUCUGAAUUAUCUCGUCUGAGCCGGGGUCAUCUUUUACUUCAGUGUGUGUUGCACAAUUUAGGAUCUUCCUCUUCAGAGCAGUAUGUUCGGGCAUGUUCUUCACUUGAUGGUUGGAAACAGCAUAUUGGUUCCGGAAACCCUAGGAUUGAUAAAUGUGGCAGCAUUUUGGAUGAUCUUCUGGGGUCACUUGAUCUUCCAAAGGUUAAAAAGUCAGCUAAAGGGAAGGUUUUGAUGCAAGCUAUGUAUGGAGUAAAGGUGCAGACAGUAUUUGUAUGCAGUGUGUUUGCUGCAGCUUUUUCAGGCUCUACAAAGAAUAUGUCAGUUUUGGAUGUGGCUGACAUAUAUUCUUGGGCUUCAACCUUUAAAGGGUUGCAAAAUCUUGUAAAUGAGCAAAUUAGAGUUAGAUUAUCAGGUGGGAGAUUUACUGUAUUGAAUGAGUUGGAAGAAGUUAAUUCCUCUUUGAAGGAAUUAUCUCCUAUUAUCCAGGGUGUUGUAGAUACCAUUGAGACAGAACCACUUGUGAAGAUUGUCAGGGAAUUAGGCAGAGCGACAGAGAAGCUUUCACAAGGACUAGAUCUUCUUUCAAAGGAAGUUGAUAGCUUUUUCCAUGUGGUCUUGACUGGUCGUAAUGCCUUGCUAUCUAAUCUGAGAUCAGGUGGAACUGGCAUUGACAGCAUCUUAGAGGGUAACAGAGAUGCACAAAAAGUCAACUGACUGUGUUGCAACCAAACAACUCUGGUACAUACCGAUGAAUCUAGGUAUUGGGUUUUAUGUUUUAUGGUUGAUGGUUUUCAAUCAUGUUUGGUUUAUUGUAUUCAAGCUAGAAUGAGUAAUAGGUUAUAUGAUUGUCUUAUUGUUCUGAAAUGUAUAUUUGUGAUGUUCUGUAUAAUGUUACAUGAUAAUUAUAAAUAUAUAAGAAAGUUUCUUGUGCUCGCCAAA